UGCAGGAGAGCAGACGAGAGAGAGACGACACUCACUCGAGGUGUUUCAGUGUUCGGAUGAUGUUGAAGACGCAGAGAUCUCAGCAGCGCGUCGCUCUCAUGAUACUGAUGGUGAUCGCAGCCGUGCAGAGUCAGGAGAACGAGAGCAGGCGUGCGGUCACAGAGCAUCAGCUGAUGCAUGAUCGCGGUCGCUCCAUCCAGAGUCUGAGGAGGUUGAUCUGGCUGUCCAGCGCCAUCGAGGGGCUUCACACCGCGCAGACCCGCACGCUGAGCGCCGGCGAGCCAGACAGCAGGUGGCGCUCUCAGCCCGGGAAAGCGCACAAGAGAGCGCUGGAGACGCUGCUGGGCGACAUGUACCGACCUCACCUCACCGCUGCGCUCGGAGACCGAGAGAAAUAACAUCAUCCCAGAUAUACAUCCCAUCUGAUGUCCGGCCAAAACUCACCAAGACUGUCCGAUCCCAUCUAUAAUGAGGCGCAACGUUACCCAACAAAACUAGAUCGCUGUCAUUAUGAUCAACGAAACGGUAUUAUAGAUGAAACACGCUAGUUUUGUAAAGAUAGAUGGAUUGAUUAUAACGUAAGCGAUGUAGUUGUGUUUCUCCAUCUGCGCAGACGCAGAACUGCUCUCCUGCAUUCCCGUGCUGUGUAAAUCUGCCUGUAAGUCUUUAAAAACUUAUAUUGAAGACAUAUAAAAUCGGUUUAGUGUGCUAGACACCAUGCUACUUUGAAAUACACCAGCUAGUAUGGUUUUCACAAAGUACUUUAUGACUGUAUUUACUUACACGCGUGCAGAAACAUAUUAUGGUACUCUUUUGGGUGGAUUUAUUUAUCGGAUGUCUUGGUAUGUUUGCUUGGACGGGUUUUAAAUAUCUAGUAAAUCACUCUUGCUAUUAUAUUUAUUUACC